AUGUCAGGUUCCAGAAAACGAGGCUUGAAUGUGGUAGACCUCACUGGCGAUGAUUCAGGUCGACAGGCCAAACGUCAAUCGGCUGCUCCCGUAUCCUCUUCCACUGGCGUAGGUGGAACAUUUGUUUACAAUACUUUGUCAAAUGGGGCAGGCGAUUUACCAGGUCCCGGAUCGCAGAAUGGCCGGUCACCUCUUUCUUCCAGUCAGCCUCUUACGACGUCUCAGAUGGCUGAUUACGAACGUGAGGUUUUGGAUUUGACUCAGGACGACGAAGGGCCAGUCAGAGAGCUCUAUGGCACGUUUGAAACGAAAAUUGUCGGCAUUCAGUAUUAUAGAGGACAUGCAUCCACUGGGGAAGUUGUGCUCUGUCGCAGAGAACCUGCAAAUCAGUAUGAUCGCAACGCAAUCCGCAUAGACAAUGUCAUGUACCAACAGAUCGGACAUCUGCCACGCAAAGUUGUGGAAAAAAUCGCUCCGUAUAUUGACUGCGGAGAUAUUCUUCUUGAAGCGCAGCUCACAGGACCAAAAGGCCAAUACGACUGCCCGGUAACGCUGUCCUUUUAUGGGCCUAGCAAUCCGUUGGAAAGAACCAGAAUCGAAAAUUCACUGAAAGGUGAUAAACUUGUGAAGGCUACUCAGCUCAACAAGACAAGAAAAGAGUCAGAAGCUCAGAGGGCUGUAAUGGGCUUGAAGGCUGGAGGAACUACGCAUGGCAUGGGUUCCGCAAGCCCCAAAGAGCCAGAGAUAUCUCUGGAGGAUAUCUUAAAAAAGAGCCAAUCAGUAGAGUUCCGAGAUGGGAUAGAUGCUCUGAAGACGUUUGCUACAGAUGAAGAGUACUUGCGUAACAUGCCCAGCUGUGAUCAGCCAGCCGCGCUGAAGGCAACUCUAUUGCCCUAUCAACUACAAGGAUUAGCAUGGAUGACUUCAAAGGAGAACCCCGCUUUGCCGACCAAGGAAUUAGGCAACCAAGUUCAAUUAUGGAAACAGAACAUCAGAGGAAAUUACUGGAAUGUCGCCACGGACUUUGUGAGCGCGACAGCUCCCCAGCUCUUUUCGGGGGGGAUUUUAGCCGACGAUAUGGGUCUUGGCAAGACUCUUCAGAUUCUCAGCUUGAUUUUGACAGGAGGUUCCGGUACCACUUUGAUAGUUGCACCUGUUGGUGUCAUGUCGAACUGGCAACAACAGAUCGAUAGGCAUGUCAAGUCGGAGCAUCUACCGAGAGUGCUGGUCUACCAUGGGGACAAGAAAAUGACCGCGAAGGAGCUCAUGAACUUCGACGUUGUCAUCACAAGCUAUGGCAAGUUGGCCCGCGAAAAGGAUUCAAAUGUUCCUCAAGUUUUGCUGUCACAAAGCAUACGGUGGAAACGUGUGGUUCUCGAUGAGGGGCACACAAUCCGUAAUGCGAGAACAAAGGUCGCGUUGGCCGCGUGUGCCAUCAAGGCCAAAUCUCGAUGGGUACUGACUGGAACCCCGAUCAUCAACUCUGUGAAAGAUUUGCAGUCUCUCAUAAAGUUUCUACAUAUUACCGGCGGCAUCGAGCAUCCAGAAAUUUUCAAUACGAGAAUUACGAGGAGAUUAGUUUCCGGUGAUGCCAGCGCUGAAAUUAUGCUGCAGGCUCUGAUGCAGGAUAUCUGCCUACGGCGCAAGAAGGACAUGAAAUUUGUAGAUCUGAAAAUACCCGAAAAAAAGGAAUACCUUCAUAGGAUCACUUUUCACCCUGAAGAGAAAAGGAAGUAUGAGGCAUUACUUACGGAGGCACGUGGUGCUCUGGCAGACUACCAGGCCAAGGCAGCCGGUCAGAAGGGACAGUUCCAAGGCGUCCUAGAGCGGCUUUUAAGGUUGCGACAGAGAAACAAACUUUCGGAUGAAUGUCUACUCGAACCAGCAGCAGAGGGUUCCUUUGAUAAGAACUUUGAUAUGGCCACUCAAAGUUCCAAGACGGAGGCAAUGAUGCAGAUUCUCCAGGCAACAUUGAAAAAGGAUGGGUCAAAGGUGGUCAUCUUUUCCCAAUGGACGUCAUUUCUGAACAUUAUCCAGAACCAAUUGGAUAUCGCCGGAAUCAAAUACAGCCGCAUAGACGGCAGUAUGAACACGGAGAAACGUGAUCGUGCAGUCCGGGCACUAGAUAACGACGCCGAAACUCGCGUCAUGCUAGCUAGCUUGGCGGUUUGCAGUGUCGGGUUGAAUCUUGUAUCUGCAGAUACUGUCAUUUUGUCUGACAGCUGGUGGGCACCAGCAAUUGAGGACCAAGCGAUCGACAGAGUUCAUCGUCUUGGCCAGACCAGAAAGACAACGGUUUGGCGGCUCAUUGUGGAAGGAACAGUCGAAGAGCGGGUUCUGGACGUCCAAAAGGAGAAAAGGGAUCUUGUAACCAAGGCCUUUCAGGAAAAAGAGAGGAAAGGCAAGCAUACGAAGGACACUAGAAUGGCAGAUAUUGCAAAACUCUUGUCUUGA